GGCGUUCCAGCGGAAGCAGGGAUUGUCAGUCGUUGAUUAAACGGCCGUCUGACUCUCCUAAGGGUCCACUGCACUUUUGACGAGGGACACAUUGGGAGUUUUUAUCUUACUCAGAAUUUUGUUUAUCAUUCGAAGGGCAACCACUACUACAGAUACGUAAAAGUGUUGUGCCUGAAUGUGUGUGUUUGUUCACUAUCUGGUUCUGUCCCCAACCCGUUUUUUUGGUGGGAAAAUGUGAGAGCAACAUUUUUCGUCUUGCCGCCUUUGCCUUCUCCAUUCAUUUUGGAAGGGAAAAAAAAAGACAAUUGUUUCUUGUUUUGUUUUCAAAUUUGUGCACGUCCCACGAUUCUUCGAACGACUAACUCAUUUUACAAAUGCGUCAAGCAAACAACAGCCGCGGGACGUUUAACAUUGCGACCCUCGACGACGACCAGAUCGAGGCGGCCAAGGAAUUCAUUGCGGCGGUCAACCUUGCUCGUCAACAACGUGGCUCUGGGCCGCUCUCGUGGGCGACAGCCGUCAAGUUUUUGAUGGCACGCAAGUUCGACGUUGGACGCGGGCUAACUCUAUACGAACAACACGAAUCAACGCGGAUCCGUGAGGGAUUGGUCCAUUUCGAGCCCGCCAUUGAACCGCUAAGAACCGAGUUGGAGACGGGAAAGUUCACCGUGCUACCAACUCGUGAUGGAGGUGGUGCUGCCAUUGCCGUUUUUACCGCUCGCCUACACUAUCCUGAGCUCUCUAAUCACCAAGUCACACUCCAGGGUGUCGUUUAUCAGCUGGACGUAGCCCUGGAGAGUGUGGACACGCAACGUUCCGGCCUUGUAUUCAUCUACGACAUGAGCGAUUCAAAAUAUGCCAACUUUGACUAUGACCUCAGUCAGAAAAUAUUGACAUUACUUAAGGGAGCUUAUCCAGCACGGCUGAGGAAAGUGUUGAUAGUGACGGCGCCACUCUGGUUUAAAGCUCCAUUCAAGAUUUUACGGCUGUUUGUGCGUGAAAAAUUGCGAGAUCGUGUCUACACCGUCAGCUUACCUCAGUUGACGUUGCACUUGCCAGCGGACUCGCUGCCGAGUGAGCUGGGCGGUAAUCUUAAAGUGGACCACGGCGCCUGGCUUCGCUAUUGCUUCAAAUCGAUGACGAAUCGCGUCGGGGAUUUGUGCGACAUAUCAACUGGACCCAACCCACUGUUUCCGCCUUCGGAAACGGCCACGACUUCUGAAGCGGAUGAUCGGCCUGAACGGGAAGAGGAGGAGGAACCCAUUAGUGAAGCUGAACCGUCUGACGACGACGACGACGUCGAAGAGAUCGAAGAACCUGUCCCACUGCAAGUCGAGUCUGUUGCACACCGACUGCAGGAGCCGAUACCGCUUGCGCCCGCCUCUCAGGACUUUGUCAACAAUUUUGCUACCGUUUCGUGCAAAAGUGCAUCGGUGGUGGAAGCCUCUCCACCGCCAAAGCCAACAGUGGCCAACGUUUCAGACAAUAUGGUUAUAGAGAGAUCCGCAUCUCCACCGCCACCGCCGUCUUCUGCCAGCAGCGGAUUCUCGGACGACGACAGUCUGCAUUUUGACGACGGCAGGGGUAUGACCCUUGAAGAGUUUGCGGGUCACGUCAAAGCCAAAAGCAAACAGGGUCUUUAUCUCGAGUAUGCCGAUAUCAAAGCCAAAGGGACGGACGGCACUUUUAACAAUUCCAGAUUAAAAGGUAACGCUGCCAAAAAUCGUUACACAGACGUUUUGUGCUAUGAUCACAGUCGGGUCGUCUUGUCUAUGGAAGAUCCCGAAGACAUUUGCUCGGAUUACAUCAACGCCAACUACGUCGACGGCUACAAACAAAAGAACGCUUUCAUUUCGACCCAAGGUCCUCUACCAAAGACCUAUGGUGAUUUUUGGCGGAUGGUAUGGGAACAGCAGUGCGUCGUGGUCGUCAUGACCACACGUUGCCUGGAGAGGGGAAGACCCAAAUGUGGCCAGUACUGGCCUCUUGGCGAGGAAGAGGCGGCCGAAUACGGCCAUUUUGAAAUUAUCAACCUGACAACAGAGCAACAAAGUGAUUACACCAUCUCGAUGCUCCAUCUGACAAACCUGAAGACGCGUGAGACCCGAUCUGUGGCUCACAUGCAAUUUACAUCUUGGCCCGACUACGGCGUACCUCUCUCGGCAACGGCCAUGCUCGAGUUCCUGCAGCGAAUGCGCGACAUGCAGAGUGGUUUGGUAGCUGCCAUGGGCGAUACUUGGAUCGGUCAUCCGCUUGGCCCUCCCAUAGUCGUUCACUGUUCAGCUGGCAUCGGUCGUACAGGCUCACUCUGCACGAUUGAUAUUUGUCUCCGGAGAUUAGAAGAUGUCGGUACGAUCGAUGUUCUAGGCACGGUUGAGAAAAUCCGGUCGCAGCGAGCCCAUUCGAUUCAGAUGCCUGAUCAAUAUCUCUUCUGUCAUACGGCCAUCUUAGAAUGUGCUGUAGCGGCUGGCCUGCUCCAGGGCGAUGAACUGGCAUGCUUGGAUGACGAGGAUGACAGUAGCGAUACUGGCUAGGCAUACAAAGGAUAUUAAGAAAAAGAAAAAGAGAAAAAAAAAAUAAUAACGCUAAUGGCAUCCCUAGCCCCCGAAAGUGGAACGGAUACAUUGAUUUUUCCUUCCCAUUCGUUCGGCUUAAAAAUCACGUCGAAGCCGAGUCUUAUGUAUAUUUUUUGACUAUCGAUAUAUUCCAAAAAACAAAAACAAAAAACAAAACAAAGCAAACAAAACAAACAGAAUGAACUGUGUGUAGGCACAAGUUGAGAGAAAUUAACUUUUGCCAUUAACCAAUCCCUAACAAUUAUUUAUUUCUUCUCUGUCUCUUUGGAAGGAAAAAAAAUUACCUCGUCCCUCCCUGACGUUUACUUUUUCAUUUUUUUCUCUUUCUUUUUCAUUCAUUUGCGUGCAUUUCAUGGCUCUUUUUUAAGUGUACAUUACGCCAAAGACUUGUAUUUUCCUUUCUCCAUUUUCUUAGUUAUUCUUAUCGUGUGCGCGUGCUUGACUUUGUAAAUCUUCUACAGACCGUUAACCCUUGACAGAAAACUGCACGCCCAAGAAUCUUUUUUUUUUUUGGGGGACAUAAAAUUGUCAUUUUCAUGAUUUUCUGUAGGACUGAAGAUGUAACUAAGGUUUGGUUGACGCCCGUGGUAAGGAAUUUCGGCAAUCUAAAAAGCGACGUAAGUUUAACAAAUUUGUCGAUUUUUGGAAGGGUAUUGAUUGUUUUCGUUUAAUCGAUUGGAUCGAAAAUCGCCGCAUUGCACGGUCAUCGGUUUUAGCAGAAUAGCAGAAAUAACGUUCGCGAAGAAUUUUGUUUAAUUAAAUCGCAUGAACUGUGACCUGGAUGCUGGUCAUUCGACAUCUCUUAUUGAAAAAGAUCAUCCCAUUCCUUAGAUGCUGUUAAUCAUGCUUUUAACAAUAUAGAAUCGAUCGUA